GCUCCACUCUCCUCCGCGCUCCUCUCGCCCUUGGAAUGAAUUCCGGCUCCACUUGUCGCUCGGCCCAGAAGUCCACUGGAAUAUUAAGCCCAGGAGUUGCUUUGGGGACGGCUGGAAGUGCCAUGUCUUCCAAGUUCUUCCUAAUGGCUUUGGCCAUAUUUUUCUCCUUCGCCCAGGUUGUAAUAGAAGCCAAUUCUUGGUGGUCGCUAGGUAUGAAUAACCCUGUUCAGAUGUCAGAAGUAUAUAUCAUAGGAGCACAGCCUCUCUGCAGCCAGCUGGCAGGACUCUCUCAAGGACAGAAGAAACUCUGCCACUUGUACCAGGACCACAUGCAGUACAUUGGUGAAGGCGCGAAGACGGGCAUCAAAGAAUGCCAGUAUCAGUUCCGGCAUCGGCGAUGGAACUGCAGCACUGUGGAUAACACCUCCGUGUUUGGCAGGGUUAUGCAGAUAGGUAGGAGGGACUGGCUGUGGGGCGGCUGCGGCGACAACAUCGACUACGGCUACCGCUUCGCCAAGGAGUUCGUGGACGCGCGCGAGCGGGAGCGCAUCCACGCCAAAGGCUCCUACGAGAGCGCGCGCAUCCUCAUGAACCUGCACAACAACGAGGCCGGCCGCAGGACAGUGUACAACCUGGCCGAUGUGGCCUGCAAGUGCCACGGGGUGUCCGGCUCCUGUAGCCUCAAGACGUGCUGGCUGCAGCUGGCCGACUUCCGCAAGGUGGGCGACGCCCUGAAGGAGAAGUAUGACAGCGCGGCGGCCAUGCGGCUCAACGGCCGGGGCAAGCUGGUGCAGGUGAACAGCCGCUUCAACUCGCCCACCACGCAGGACCUGGUCUACAUCGACCCCAGCCCCGACUACUGCGUGCGCAAUGAGAGCACGGGCUCGCUGGGCACGCAGGGCCGCCUGUGCAACAAGACGUCCGAGGGCAUGGACGGCUGCGAGCUCAUGUGCUGCGGCCGCGGCUAUGACCAGUUCAAGACCGUGCAGACCGAGCGCUGCCACUGCAAGUUCCACUGGUGCUGCUACGUCAAGUGCAAGAAGUGCACGGAGAUCGUGGACCAGUUCGUGUGCAAAUAGUGGGCGCCCGCCGCUCGCCUGUCACCCAGCCCCAUUCCCAGGACCCACUUAUUUAUAGAAAGUACAGUGAUUCUUGUUUUUGUUUUUUUUAAAAUAUUGUUUUAUUUUCCCCCGAGAAUUGCAACCGGAACCAUUUUUUUUU